ACUAGAUACAUCGAGCAUACAUGUGUUGUGUAGGAGUAUAUAACAGGGUGCAGGUAAAUCACACAAAUUACAACACGCAAAUUGAACCUGCCAUUGCACAUUGCGUGGGAUCAUUUACACACACGUCUCCUCCACAGUUAGCGAUGGCAUGUCCCAAGCCAUUCCACUUGCUGCUUCUGCUCCUGCAACUCCAGCUCAUCGCCGUGAACUUGCUUCACCGUCCGGAGGCUGCGUUCACUGAUCACACCCCGGCGUCGCCGGAGUGUCUGCCGGACCAGGCGUCAGCGCUGCUCCGGCUGAAACGGUCCUUCUCCGCCACAAAUCACUCCACCAUCGCCUUCCGUUCAUGGAAGGCCGGCACGGACUGCUUCCGCUGGGAAGGCGUCCGAUGUCAUGGCUCCACCGGCUGCGUCUCCUCGCUUGACUUGGGUGAUCGCGGCUUGGAGAGUCCCAACCUCGAUCUCUCGUUGUUCGAGCUAACCUCGCUCAGGUAUCUCAACCUGGCCGGAAACGACUUUCGUAUGUCCGAGAUACCAUCCAUCGGGUUUGAGCGGCUCACCAAGCUCACCCACCUCAACCUCUCAGCCACCAACUUCUCAGGCCAGGUGCCACGCAGCAUAGGCCGCCUCACCAACCUCGUCUCCCUCGACCUUUCCUUCCGCUUCGAACCAUCAAUUGGGCCUUUCCACGUCGAUGGCAAGUUUCACGCCGACAUAACUCGCCAAGGGCAGCUCACACUCCCAAACUUAACAGCCAUACUUGCAAACAUGGGUGGUCUGAGGGAGCUCCAUCUUGGCUUCGUGGAUCUCUCCAGUCAAGGGGGUGAGUGGUGCACUGCUUUGGCCAGGUACACUUUGAAUCUCCGUGUUCUUAGCAUGCCAUACUGUGAACUCACCGGCCCAAUUUGUGGACCAAUUGCCGGUUUACAGUCUUUGUCAGUGAUUGACUUGCAAGUUGCAACACAAUCAUUUGACCGGUCCAUUUCCGGAGCUCUUUGCUGAAUACUCUUC